AUGGUGUCAUCCCGUGUAGCAAAGGAAGUGGGGGGCAGACUAGGAGAGGUGGUGGAGGUUGAAGAUAGAAGAAAGCAGGAGGACCCAAACUAUUUUAUGAGGGUUAAGGUAGCCUUGCCAAUCUCAAAGCCGCUCCGGAGAGGUGGGUUCAUAGCUGGGUCCGACGGGGAACGCUCAUGGGUUAAGUUUAAAUAUGAGCGCCUCCCCUUGUUCUGCCAUUACUGUGGAUUACUGGGGUACAAUUUGCGUCACUGUGCCAGCCAUUUUACUGCGACAAAAAGUGGCUCUGAGAUGAACUACCAAUACGGUGACUGGCUUAAAGCGAUAGGGGGUCGGAGUAUAUCACCAACGAAGCGUUAUGCAGAAAAAAAUUCCGACAGAGGAGUGGGCAAUGGAGUCAAGCCUUCCGGUCAAUCUAGUGGCUCGGCGGCGGAGAAAAGCCCUAACGAAAACCUUAAGGAGGUGGGGAGCCGCGUGGACGAUGAAACCGAGAUUUUCGAAAAUGUAACUGAUAGUGCGUUACGUAUAUUGGAAUUAAAUGUUGUUGUGGAGGCGGAUACGGAAAUUAUUGGAGGAGUUAAUGGGGAUUUGAAGACUGAUAGGAAGUUAACAACGGGAAAGUUGGGAGAGGAUGAAACGGCUGGAGAGAAUGCACGCAAUGAGUGCGCAAUAAUUCCGGAGGGCCAAGCUGAUAUGGAUUACGUGGUGAACAACAUGCAUGAUGGGCCUGAAGUGACUAAGCCCAAAUCAACUUGGGUUAGGUUACGACGUGAGUUUCAUGGGCCAAAUGAGAAAGGAAGUAAACAACCCCUGUUGUUGUUAGGAAAAAGAAGUGCUACGGAACUAGAAAACAAAGACAGCCAUACGAGUUAUAAGCACAGACUGGGAAGAGGAGUAAGACGGAAGCAGAUGACAAAGAUGACGACCAGAUAUCGGCGAGGGUGGUGGGUCACCCUUGCUGGAAGCCAUGAAACUAUUAAGCUGGAACUGCCAAGGGCUUGGGAACCCUUGGACAGUUCGAAGCCUUCACAAUCUUGUGAGGGAUCAAGCUCCUAUGGGGGUGGACUUGCAUUAAUAUGGAAGAAAGACAUUCAGCUGGAAAUUAUCAACUACACGGCUAACCAUAUUCUGGCCAAGGUGGUUGAGGAGGAUGGGUUCGUGUGGUUCCUUUCGGGUUUCUACGGAUGGCCGGAGGCAAGAGAGAAAAUAAAGUCAUGGGCACUUCUAAGGAAGCUUAGGCAGAUUACUGACGGGCCAUGGGUGUGUUUGGGAGAUUUUAACGCAAUUCUUAACUCUACAAAGAAGCUAAGUAAAAGACCACCAGACCACUCCCAAAUGGAUGCGUUUCGAGAGGCAUUGGAUGAUUGUCAAUUAGAGGACUUGGGAUUUCGGGGCUAUCAAUAUACAUGGAAUAAUAAACGUCCUGGAGAUGCGAACACUAGACAGAGAUUAGACCGAGCCAAAGCAUCUAUUGAUUGGAGAGUAAAAUUUCCAAGAAGCACAGUGACCCACCUUUCUUCUCACACCUCAAACCAUCUUCCCAUUAUUUUGCAGCAUGCAUGGGAAUGUGGUGGGGCCGACUCAUUAUCAUUGGAUUUGGUGAGGCAAAAAGUGGCUGCUUGUGCAAUGGACCUUAAUGCAUGGGGAUCUUCUAAAACUCAUCCCCAAUAUGAGGAAAUAAAGAGGCUUCAAAGGCAAAUAGAACAACUGAAUGAGGCAGAGUUAACAGAGGAAAGCAAAGCAGAGUUCUUGGUGGCCAGCAAAAAUCUUGACGCUUUAUUGCUCAAGCAAGAGAUUUAUUGGGCACAGAGGUCCAGAAUUUCUUGGCUAAAACAUGGAGAUAAGAAUACAAAGUUUUUCCAUUCAAAGGCAUCGCAAAGAAGACGGAGAAAUCAUAUCCAAAGCAUUAAAAAUGUAGAGGGUAGGUGGGUUGAAGAGGAAGAUGGUAUUGCUGGGGUGGCGAUAGAGUAUUUUGAGAAUUUGUUCAAGGCAGGCACAUGUGAUAGGAUGGAGGAGUGUCUAAACACUGUCAAUCCAAAAAUUACUCCGGACAUGCAGUAUGUUUUGUCUAGUACAUUUAGUGCAGAUGAGGUCAAAACAGCAUUGUUCCAAAUGGGACCAACAAAAGCUCCAGGACCCGAUGGUAUGAAUCCUCGUUUUUAUCAAAAAUUUUGGCAUGUUGUUGGUGAUUUGGUGGUUAAAGCAGUGUUAGAUUUUUUUAAUUCUGGUCAUAUGGUGUCUGAGAUAAAUUCUACUUAUAUUGUUCUUAUACCCAAGGUGAAAUCCCCUGAAAAAAUGUCUGAUUUCCGACCAAUUAGCCUUUGCAAUGUCAUAUAUAAAAUAAUAUCCAAAGUCCUUGCCAAUAGACUGAAACAAAUUCUACCCCAGAUUAUAUCCCCAACACAAAGUGCAUUCGUCCCUGGUCGCCUGAUAACAGAUAAUGUAUUGGUUGCAUAUGAGACCUUACAUACUAUGCAUGGUAGGAAAACAGGGAAAAAAGGGUCUAUUGCUCUUAAACUGGAUGUUAGUAAGGCAUAUGAUCGGGUUGAGUGGAGCUUUCUAAAGGGUAUUAUGAUUAAAUUGGGUUUUCCUGAGGUCUGGGUGGAUAGAGUCAUGUGUUGUGUUACUACACCAUCUUAUUCUAUCCUAAUAAAUGGGAAAACAUAUGGUCAUAUUACUCCUUCUAGGGGUCUCCGACAAGGAGACCCUCUUUCACCAUAUCUUUUUCUUUUAUGUACAGAAGGAUUCACCUCAUUACUUCAUAAAGCAGAAAUGGAGGGACAAAUCAGAGGGGUGUCCAUUUGCAGGAGGGCCUCAAGAAUUACUAAUCUUUUGUUUGCAGAUUACUCAUUGAUAUUUUGUCAAGCUACUCAAAAUGAAGUCCAGGUGAUCUCAAAGAUCUUACAGGUGUAUGCUGGGGCAUCGGGUCAAUGCAUUAAUUUGGAGAAAUCUUCCAUUUACUUUAGUGGUAACACACCACUUGAGCAGAAGAGAUGGAUCAAAGAUUCUUUAGGAGUAAAGGAGGUGGAUCGGUUUGAGACGUACUUGGGCUUGCCCACGCUAGUGGGGCGAGCUAAAUACCACUCAUUUGCUUACCUGAAAGAUAGGGUAUGGAAGAAGCUUCAAGGGUGGAAGGGAAAGAUGCUAUCUAGAGGUGGGAAGGAGGAAGGAGAGAAUAGGAAAAUUCACUGGAAAAGCUGGGAUAAAUUGACCGAAGCUAAGAAGAUGGGAGGUUUGGGUUUUAGAGACCUAACAACUUUUAAUCUUGCCAUGUUGGCAAAACAGGGAUGGAGACUAAUACAGCAGCAAGACUCUCUGAUGGCCAAGUGUUUCAAAGCUAGGUAUUUCCCGAGGAGCCACUUAUUGGAUGCCUCGGCUUCUCCUAAUUGCUCUUAUGUGUGGAAGAGUAUAAUGGCGACAAUUCCAAUCCUAAAAUUUGGAUGUUGUUGGAGAGUGGGAGAUGGCUCAAAUAUUAGAGUCUCCAUGGAUAAGUGGAUCCCGAAUUACCUAACGAAUGGAUUUUUGCAUCCACCUAGGAUGGAGGAGGGUGGUUGGUUUGUCUCGGACCUCAUUAACCAAGAGCAGAAAAUGUGGUAUAGUGAAAUAAUACGGGCAAAUUUCCAUAAGGAGGAUGUCGAUGCUAUUCUCAAAAUUCCCCUAAGCCAUAGACAAGCCUCAGAUGUGAUAAUGUGGUUACAUACAAAGAAGGGAGUUUAUUCGGUCAAAUCCGGCUACCAUGUGGCAAGACAGCUCAAGAAGAUGGAGUCAUGGGCAGAAACAUCAACCGGUCCGAUUGGUGUUCAGGUGUGGUCUAAACUUUGGAUGCUUAACGUGCCUAAGAAAAUUAAAGUAUUUGGGUGGCGUGCUUGUCAAAAUAUUCUGCCAACCCGGGCCAAUCUUAGGCGACGAAAAGUCAUGGAUGAAGAUGUUGCCCCUACGGAUCUGAUCUACAAGCUAAAUUUUGAUGCCGCAAUCUUCAAGGAGUUGAACUGCUCUGGAGUUGGAGUAAUAAUACGGAACGCGAAUGGAGAGGUCAUGGCAGCCAUGUCUGCAAAAGGACCGCCGGUUGAGGACAGUGAAGUGGCAGAAACGCUGGCUUGUCGAAGGGCGAUGGAGUUUGCAAUUGAUGCAGGUUUUUCGGAGCUGCUCAUCGAGGGAGACAACGUGGCUGUGAUGUCCUCACUUUCACAUGGUGGACCUAACUUGUCUCGGCUUGGUCACGUUGUCCAGGAUAUCCAGUGGCUUGCAACAGGACUUCGAUGGGCUUAG